ACUACAUCCCGACGGCAAGCACAUCUCCAUGGUUGCAUUAUUUUGCACGGCCAUUUCCAUCUUGAUGAUGAUGAUAAUACAUGAAGUGGUCCGGAGUUCUCUUUCUUUGAGUCUCCAUUUCUCUUGGUCGUUCUCCACAGUGUUGAAGUUGCUGGCAACAGGUUAAAAGCAAAUAUGGCCUCAUCACUACCGUGGCUCGUGCUGUACCUCAUCUCACAAUUACAUCUCGUCUUGGGUCAGACCAAUGCUUCAAAUGUCUUUAUCCCUGAGGCCAACACCAUCAUUUCCAUCAACCUCCCAGACGAUGGCUCAAACGACAUCAACUUUUAUGUCAGCUCUCCAGAUUGGUAUCAAUAUUCGGCCAUUGGCUUCGGGUCCAGCAUGGCAAACUCGGUAAUUUUGGUGAUGUACCCAUCCGCAGACCGCAAAUCAGUCACCGUCAGCCCACGGUUCACAAAGUAGACCCCCUUUCACACAUUUUCCCACCUCAUAAUCGUCGACUAACCCCUUCACCAGCGGCAACACGGAACCAACCCACCACCCCCUCCGCAUCACCCUCCACCCUGGCAGCGAGCUCUCCCCAAAAACAGGCCAAAUGACGGCCAACGGCACCUGCCACAGCUGCCGCAACCUCCAAAGCCAAUCCGCCCCCUUCAACCCCGCCAUCCCGACCAGCAACACCCCCACCGCACCGAUAAUGUUCGCCGUAGGCCCCAACUCGGGCGCCUUCUCCACCGACGACCUCGACGCCCGCAUCCGCCGACACGUCGCCCACGGCAUCUUCAACAUCGACAUCUCCAAAUCAACCGGCCCCGGCGGGGUGGGGACACCAACAAACACAACUCAGCACGUCACCUUCCCGGAUGACGACCCCUCCCUCAAAAAGUCAAGCAACAAAGCCGCCACCGCGCACGGGAUCCUGUUUGCGAUUGUGGCCCUGGCCAUCGCACCAUUCGACAAUCUUGUUGCGGCUUUCCUGGGGAGGAAGUGGCCCAAGCUGCAUGUUGCGACUGGGAGUAUUUACUUUCUGUUUACCCUGGGCGCGAUGGUGCCGGGGCUUGUCAUCAGUGGGCAGCAUGUUCUUACGAGCAAGAUGGGAACGGGGCACCAGGUUUUGGGGUUGUUGACUGUGGCGGUGAUGGUGGUCAUGGUUGGAUGGGGGGUUUGGGUCAGGAGGCGGGCAGCGGGGGGGCAGGAGGUGGUUGGGAAUGGAGGGUGGGUGAAGCAGGUGCACGCUUGGGGUGGGAGGGGGAUUUGGGUCGCGCUGUUGGUGAAUAAUGGAUUGGGGCUGAAACUGUCGGAGCAGACAAGGUUGGUGAUGUUGGGGUAUGCAGUUCUGGCAGGGGGCAUGUUUGUACUGUUGGUCCCCCUCUAUUUUUGCUUGUGGAGGUGUACAAGUGCUAGAAAGCCCAAGGCGGCGGAGGAGGAUCAUGAGCUGUACAAUAUGCCGAGUAUAUAUGACCACGAGGCGAGGUUUGGGUAUGGCAGGCAGUGAUCAGCGGUGGGAAUGGGGCGGUUGUAAUGAUAUGAUGUGUUAAUUUGCUGGGGAUAUGUGGAUCUCUAUUAUCGCUUGAUGUUGAAACAUGGUAACGAUGGCUACCCUUAUUGUUGCUACUGACGGGUGCAAGGAACACCCAGCCCAACAGCUGUUUUGGAAGAAGCAGUCUGGGCACUACCGAUCGAUCUAUUGUCAGAAAGUAGUGAAAUCAUAUUCUCUUCAUGGAAAUUCUUGACCCUAAUGACAGUAAGACACCAAGCUGAGCUUUACAGGAGCUGGCAAGGCACAGGGAGAAGUUGAGACAAUUCAAG